CAUGUACUGAGACACACCUGACACACUUACUAGAUAACAACAUCACUGACCAAAAGAGAGAGGGAGAAAAGGAGAAGGGGAGAGAGAGAGAGAUUACUCCUACAUUUCUCUUCCAUUGGAACCCUGUACAUUGAAAAUGUUGAAGAUGGGGUGGCUUCUUCACUUCCUCUUCCUCUGUUUACUAGCAUCAGGUCAAGAAGACUCACUCAAAAUCUUAACUCUUUACAACUCAAACCCACUGGCUUCUCACACAUUUUCACACACUUACGAAACCACAGCAGUUAAUGUUGGUCAGGAGUAUCUUAAUGAGGUCUCAGGUAGUAUUCUCAUGGCAGAAAGUUGGGUCAGAACCAAUGUUCUUGCUCACUACCCAUCCACAGAUGUAUCUACCAUACUUGUUGGUCACAAUCUACUCUGCACUAAAACUCAAAAUGAGGUCUUGAAAACUAUUUUACCUGCUGUUAAGAACAUAUAUCAUUCUCUUGUGAGGUGGGGUUUGGAGAAGAAUAUUAAAGUCUCAGCUUCUUUUCCAACUAGUUGCUUAAGCCCAUCUUCUUCUAUGUAUCAAAAUGAUCUGGCUGACUUGUAUUUUAGACCCCUGCUUAGCUUUUUGCAAGUCAUGAACUCAACUUAUUCAGUAAGCCCACCUUCACAUUUGGAUAGUGUUUCUGAUGAAACCCUAAAAUUGGUGAACUCUCACUUACAAUCCAUGAGGAAUCUUGGGUUUUUAGACCUUAAGAAGAUUAAUGUGGUUGUUAGAAACCCGAAAGAGGCGAAACCAACAAUGAGAAAACUUUCUUAUAUUGUAGAGCCAUUCCCAGCAAGGCCAACCCCUGUAGCCCCAACUCAUUCUCCCUAUGGUUCGUCUGUUCCUGCCUUUGCAGCUAAAAGCCCUCUUCCUCCGCUUGUCGGGACAACCUCACCACCCCCAUUGUUGCAUUCCCUUCCUCCGUUGGUCGGGACAACUUUACUACCACCCCCAUUAUCACACCCCCUUCCUCCGAUAGCUGGAACGGUCUCACCACCCCCACUGUCAGGCCCCCUUCCUCCAAUAGCUGGAACGGUCGCACCACCCCCACUGUCAGACCCCCUUCCUCCGAUAGUUGGAACAGUCUCACCACCCCCAUUAUCACACCCCCUUCCACCGAUAGUUGGAACAACUUCACCACCUCCAUUAUCAGUCCCCUUUCCCCCACAACUCCCUCCAUUAGUAGGCCCUGCAAACCCGCCCUUUGGUUUUGGCUGGCCACCAUGUAAUCCAUCCGGUGGUGGCAAUGUAGGUGCGCCACCAGUAUCUGUUCCGAUGCCAAGUCCACAUACUGGACUUUGGUGUGUUGCAAAGCCUAGUGUGCCAGCAGACACACUGCAGCAGGCAUUGGAUUAUGCCUGUGGCGAAGGCGGUGCUAAUUGUGAUGCUAUUGGCCCACAGGGUAGUUGUUACUUUCCGGAUAGUCUUGUGGCACAUGCUUCUUACGCUUUCAAUAGCUACUGGCAGAGGAAUAAAGAUAAUGGUGGAACUUGUGGUUUUGGAGGAACAGCGAUGCUAGUCAAUGCUGAUCCAAGCUACCAACAUUGUCAAUUUCUCAGGGGCGGAUUAUAUUGAUGGAAAUGUUGGAACUGUUCGAGUCUUUUGCUAGACGGGUAGGAUUGUCUUUUGCAGCUAAGUGGAAUUUGUUGUACUUCCCACUUUGAUUUUCAAUGUCUAAUUUAGCAGAUUACUCAGGAGGACAUUGAGAAUUUUUGUCUAUUGCUUUACUAGUUAUGAGGGCUCUAAUGCACAAAAGAAAGACUUGAACUUUACUUUCAUGGUGGAUAUAACAGAUUUCUAUUUGCUUUAA